AUGGAAUUCAAUAACCAAAACAACAAUCAACAAGCAGGUCCCUUCUGGGAUUUCGUUCGCUCAAUGCAACCACAAAACUCCAGAGCUGGUGUCGACCAUCUUUCGCAAGAGUUUAAUAUGUGGGGUACACCAGGAGGACCUCAUGGACAUCAAGCUUCUAGAGGUGACCCUGAUCCUUAUGAAUUCGGUCCAUUCGGUCCAUUUUGUAGAGGUGGUUCUGGACCAAGAGGAGGUCGUCGAGGUCGUCGCUCUUUCUAUCCACGCAGACAUGAAGAACAUACCGAUGGAGAACGCAGGGAAGAAUUCAGAGAAAAUCGGCAUCACGGUAGAGGCAAACAUGGCCGUAGAGGUGGAGAAGAAUCUGGCGAGGAAACUCCGACUUCUGAUACUGAAGCUAGAGAGGGCUCUCCAAAGCCAUAUCGCGGCCCUCGAGGUUGCAGAGGCAAAAAGGGACAUUGCCGCAGAGAUGGAGAGUUUUCCGGUGCAGAAUCAUCAGAUGUUGAGGCAAGAGAAGGCUCGCAGGGUCCAGAAUCGCGUCGUGGACCUAAAUAUCAUGGACGUCAUGGGCCAGGUAGCAGAGGAGGAUGGGGUGUUCGAGGAGGAGGUCCAGGUGGUCCAUUCGAUUUCAGUGCAAUGAUCCAAGCACUAUCUUCUCACCCGAUUGCACAGGCAUUUGGUGUACCACAAGCUCAGCGCUCUGGCGAAACACUCGUUCCCGAGGAUGCUGACACAGAAAAUUCCUUCGUACCCCCCAUUGAUGUUUUCACGACCGAAGAUGCCUAUGUCCUCCAUAUCGCACUCCCUGGUGCGAAGAAGGAAGAUGUAGGUGUACACUGGGAUGCUGAAAAAGGAAUGUUGAACAUGGCAGGCGUAGUAUACAGACAAGGAGAUGAGAAAUUCUUGGAGAGUCUCACCAAGAAGGAGAGAAAGGUGGGUGCUUUUGAGCGCACCAUGAAAUUGCCUCUCAGCGCUGAGGAUAAAUCUGAAAUCGACGGUGACAAUAUCACCGCAAAAUUGGAGGAUGGUGUCUUGGUCGUCGACGUACCAAAGGUGAAGAAAGAAGAGUCUUGGACCGAGGUGAAGAGAGUCGAUAUCAAUUGA